AUGGAAAACGUAGGAAGAACCGACACAUUUCGGAUGCCAGAUGAGCACGUAGAGAUGCGCUGCAGCGUCGCCCCAACUAGCGUUCGGAAGGGUGAGGCCACAGCGCACUGCGUGCACACCGAUGGGAGAGGCGUUGAUGUGCAGUCAUACGCAAGCCCUCCAUACAGCAGAGAACACCAACAGCAACGUGGCCUUGCGAAAGUUGUGACCGGUCCAGCAGGAGAAAUCCAAUUGUUCUCAAAGAUUGCGAGAUUCCCAGCACUCAAAGAGGCUAGAAGGAUUGGCCUGCAUGAUGUUGUGGAUGACACCAGCCCGAACCAUUACUGCGAAGAAGAACUGCGGCAGUCGCACCUACACUGUUUCCGAUCGGUGAAAUGCACUAGUUGCUCUGAACAGGAAUUGCCUUGCCAGGUGGGCUUCGCUCCACUACGCAGUGUUAAACGGUCGCUCACAGUCCAUCAUCCUGACCAAGACCAGGAUUCACCAAUGGUGCCCUCGACGGGAACGAGCCGAAUAAGGGUGUGUGAGGGAAACCUUAGUGAGGGCAGAAGGUCGAUAGAUUCUCAGGACUCUGGAGGCUGCAAAAUGGGAAGUCUUAGCUUGAUGGUUGUAAAGUGCAAGGGUGGCGAGGUUUCGCAUGCGAUUUGCACUGACCACAAACUCCCAUGCGGUAACGGGCAGGAAAUAGGAGAUAACUGGAUUGAUGCCGAAUGCUUCUCGUAUGAACACUACGGACAUGAUUUACAUCGUGAAGAGUAUAAUUCGCUGUCACCUUCCAAAGAUCAAGAGAAAUACCGCGGAAAAUAUUCGCUGAACAAAGCUGGAAUUCAAGACGUUGCUUUUCCGGCAAUCAUCGCCUUCGGCAAUGAGGGGUUCUUUAGCGAAAACACGGACGCGGAAUCACAUAUACAAGGGGCCCAUGCCUCCGUUCCCAUUGGCUUAGCAGGUCACCGCUCCGACUCCAACUCAAGGUUCACCCGAGAUUUUCGCUUCUGUGGCAAACGUGUGUAUUGCGUCGAGGACUAG